AUGGAAAAGAAUACAAAAUUAAUUUUAAUAACAUUGUUUUGCUUGUUAUCAGUUUCAUCAGCUGAUAUAUGGUCAUAUUGUGAUGGAGUUGAUCCAAAGUCAUUGACCUUUACCAUCUCUGCUCUUACCCUUGCACCCAAUCCUCCAGUUAUUGGCCAAGAUGCUACCGUCAAAGUAACAGGAAAUCUAUUGCAACAAGUGACAGGUGGUGCAUCUACAUUUGUAGUACAACACUAUGUUCUUGGUCAUUGGAUCACACUCCCUGCAUUCACCAACUCUGUUUGUCAAUCAUACACCUGUCCAAUUCAACCAGGUUCAAUUACUCAUCAACUUUCCAUUCCAAUCCCUUCCUUUACACCACAUUAUAUUAAUAUUUCUUUUUAUUCCUUGUUACAGGGACUCUAUCGAGGUCAAUUAUUGAUUGUUGACCAAUCAAAUCGUAACAUAACAUGUUUAGAGUUCCAAACUAAUCUAAAUUAA